AUGAUAACUGAUGAGACAUAUGCAGAUGAUAUCAAUAAUAAGAUAUUCAAUUCUUUAGCUGAUGUAUUCCAGCAAGCUCAGGAGACAUAUGCAGGACAUCGUAAGCAUGUAGCUGUAUUGAAAAAAAUACAAUCAAAGGCAACAGCUCAAGGUUAUUCGGAUGCUUUUAAUUAUUGGUUUAAUAAAUUGGUCACUAGCGUGUUACCUCUAAAGAAAAGUGAAAUAAUUGGUGAUAGAAUAGUUAAAUUAAUUGCUGCAUUUGUUGCUUCUUUGGAUAAAGAAAAUGAAUUGAUAAGUAACAAGAGAAAGAAUGAAGAAUUAGAUGAUAAUUUAUCUGAAAAGGAAAAAAUUACAACAAAAUUUAUUGAUGGGUUUAUAAGGCAUAUCUUAAGAGGUGUCGAAAGUAAAGAUAAAAAUGUAAGAUUUAGAGUAAUGCAAUUAUUAGUAGUAAUUAUGGAUAAUAUUGGAGAAAUUGAUGUUAAUCUUUAUAAUUUAUUGAUGUGGUCCCUUAAAAAAAGAAUAUAUGAUAAAGAACCAAUUGUACGUAUUCAAGCUGUCUUUUGUUUAACUAAAUUACAAAGUGAUGAUGAGGAUUAUGAUCAAGAUAUGGAUGAAGAAUCAGGAGAAACUAAGGCUACCGAUACCCUUAUGCAUUUAAUACAAAACGAUCCAUCUGCAGAAGUGAGACGUGCUACAAUGUUGAAUAUUAUAAAUAAUGAGAACACUAGAGCUCAUAUUUUGGAGAGAGCAAGAGAUAUUAACCCAAUAAAUAGACGAUUGGUUUAUUCAAGAGUAUUGAAGUUAAUGGGAAAAAGAUGUUUCACCGAUCUAAACCCAAGAAUAUUAGAUCAAUUGAUGGAAUGGGGUUUAGAAGAUAGAGAAGAACCUGUAAGAAAGGCUUGUCAAAGGUUAAUGGCGAAUCAUUGGGUCAAUCUAUUUAAUGGGGAUCUAAUUGAAUUGCUGGAGAAUCUCGACGUAGUCAACUCAAAGAGUGCGGUAACAAUGAUGGAGAGCCUUUUCUCUUUAAAACCAGAAAUAUUAUCACAAAUUAAAUUGACAGAGGAGAUUUGGAACAAACUAACUGUUGAAUUUGUAUUUUUAUUUCGUUGUUUCUUCAUUUAUUCUUUAGAAAAUAAUUUAAUCGAGGACGUUGAUGGUAGCUUCCCAGAAGCAUCACGUCUAGCAAAUUAUUUGAAUGUUUAUAUAUCCAAAAGAUUUUUGGAAGAAAAUGAAGAUCUAUCAUCUCUCGAUAAAACUCAUUUAGAAUUCAUUAUAGAACAAUUAUUGAUAACGGCACAUAGAUAUGAUUAUAGUGAUGAAAUUGGUAGACGGUCAAUGUUAACAGUUAUCAGAAAUAUGCUUAAUAUUACUGAUUUAUCAGACUCCUUAAUAAAAUCGGGUCAUGAAGUCUUGAAAGUUCUUUCGAUAAAUGAAAAAGAUUUUAUAUCAAUGGCUAUUGAAAUAAUUAAUGAUAUUAGAGAUGAUGAUAUUGAAAAUCAGGAACAAGAAGAAACGGAAGAGCGGGCUAAAAAAGCCAAAUCAAAGGAUCAAUCAUCUAAAAACGGGGAUGAUAUCGGAGGAAAUGAUUAUAGUAAUGAUGAUGUCGACAAUAAUCCGAUUACUUCAUUUCAUUCGGCAGUAGAAAAUUUAGUUAAUGGUAAUGAACCUGUGAAUGAGGAUGCGCUGAGUAAUAUACAACCAGAAAGGGAAGCGAGACCUCAGGCUAUCCUGUUGUGUCUAACAAGGGCAUGCUAUAUGCUCGAAUUAGUCACUGAAAAUGUUUCAGGUAAUAUUCUAAUAACGUCAUUGAUUGACACCUUAAUUACACCUGCCGUCAGAAAUAGCGAGUCUACUAUCCGUGAAUUAGGUGUUAAAUGUUUAGGUCUUUGUUGUUUGUUAGAUCUUCAAUUAUCUAUUGGAAGUAUGUACAUCCUUGGGAUGUGUAUUUCAAAGGGUAACGCAUCGCUAAAAUACAUUGCGUUGCAAGUUAUUGUUGAUAUCUUUUCUGUGCAUGGUACAGCAGUUGUGGAUGGUGAAGGCAAAGUUGACUCUAUAUCCAUACACAAGAUAUUUUACAAAGUUUUAAAAAAUGACGAACACAAAGAUUGCCAAGUUAUUGCAGCCGAAGGUUUGUGUAAGUUAUACUUGGCAGAUAUAUUUACUGACGACGAUUUAUUUGAAGCAUUGAUUUUAUCAUACUUUUCUCCUGUUAAUUCGGCCAAUGAAGCUUUAGUUCAAGCAUUUGCCUUCUGUGUCCCAGUAUAUUGUUUUUCGCACAAAAGCCAUCAACAACGUAUGUGUCGAAUUGCAUGUGAUAUGUUUUUAAGAUUAUGUAUCCUAUGGGAUGGUCUACAGAACUCAGAAGACCCAGAAGUGGAUAAAGAAAAAAUGAUGAAACCUAACAUGAUAUUUCAGCAACUGGUAUUUUGGACAGAUCCAAGAAAAAUUGUCAAUCAACGUGAAGAAAAUUAUCAGUCAGAAGUUUCGCAAUUGAAAUUUUUAUUAGAAAUUCUUAAAGCUAUUACUCAAAUUGAGAAUAGAGCCAUCAAAAGAAUGGUCUUGACAAAUCUAAACACUUUUUAUAUUACGUCACACCAUGGUACGACAGUUCUUGAAGAACUUAUGAUGCAUUUAGAGGAUAUUUUAGAAAACGAGCAAAUAGAUACGAUUAGUAGAAACUCUUUAGAAAAAUUCGAAAACACUGUAGUGGAGGCAGUAGAAACGGCACGUAAGAAUAGUCCAGUCGGCAGUUCUGAGACGUCUAUGACAUCUGAUGAAUUGACUACUGAACAGUAUUCUCAAAUAUUGGAAUCAUCCCAAAUUGUUGAGAAGGAAGUAGAUUUCGAAAAGGAAAAUGAAAGCGAUAUCUUAGAAACUAACAAUUUAGAAAAUGAUAAGGAAACUAACGCUGAAAAUGAUCCUAUACCACAACUCGAGAGCACGAGGAAAAGAGACAGAAGUGCAAUGGAAACGAGUGAUGAUAUAAUAAACAUAAUACCAACAAAGGAGCUGUCUGGAAAAAAUGUCAGUUUUGCGAUUUCUUCAGAUUCUAAUAAUGAAAGUUUAUCUGAAAAUGGAUAUAAUAGUUAUAAUGAAUGGAACAGUGAUAUUGAUGUCAAUAUGGAAGAUUAA